CGAACACGACGUUCGUUUUAGUCGUUUGCACGCGUCCGGACUACACGGUAACGUGUCGGUGUCGUAUAAUCUGCAAACAACCCAAAUGGCGGAUUACGAGUCUGACAGUGACGAAGGUGAAGCCGGACUAGGAAAUGUUACAAGAGUAAUCAUGCGGCCGGUUGGUCAUAGUGGCAAAGCCAAAAAAGGACAUUUGUGUUUCGAUGCUUCGUUUGAAACAGGAAAUUUGGGGAGGAUCGAUCUGGUAUGUGAAUACGAAUAUGAUCUGUUCAUACGGCCGGACACCUGCAACCCACGGCAUAGACUGUGGUUCAACUUUGUCGUGGAAAACACAAGACAAGAUCAAAAUGUCAUAUUCAAUAUCGUAAAUAUCAGCAAUAAAAACAACCUUUUUAAAAACGGGAUGACUCCCAUAGUGAGGAGUACGAGCCGAAACACGUGGUAUCGCAUACCGAUCUACAGAGUGCACUACCACCGAUCGUUGUACCACGACAACAACUACGUUCUCAGCAUAUUGUUUUCGUUUGACAAAGACGACGAUAGCUAUCAAUUUUCGUACUCGUAUCCAUAUUCGUACACUCGGCAACAAAACUAUUUGUCACUGAUUGAAAAGAAGAAGCUGCCUUACUUCAAACGCGAACUACUAGGACAAUCGAUCCAAAACAAAAGAUUGGACUUGAUUACUAUAACUAAUCCAAAGAAUAUGAAUCCAACUGAGAAAGUGCACGUUGUUGUGAUAUUAGGAAGAGUGCACGGGUGCGAGACGCCCAGUUCCUAUGUUUGUCAAGGAAUUAUUGAAUUUUUGAUUAGCAACCAUCCAGCCGUGGUACGCCUUCGAAAAAAAGUCGUCUUUCAAUUAAUACCGAUGAUGAAUCCCGAUGGAGUUACUCUAGGAAAUUCUAGGACCAAUUUACUAGGAAUCGACUUGAACAGGGCUUGGCACAAAAUAUCACAGUGGGUCCAUCCGAUAUUGUACGCCGUCCACAAUCACUUGAUGGAAAUCGAAAAGAACGAGAACAUGGAACUGGAUUUGGUAAUCGACAUGCACGCUCAUUCGUCUCUUCACGGUGUAUUUACUUACGGGAACGCAUACGACGACGUGUACAGGUACGAAAAACAUAUAUUGUUUCCGAAAUUGUUAUCCCAACAUAUUGAAGGUUACGAACAAGCGCAUUCAAUUUGUAACAGAGAUUUUAAAAAAUGCGGAACGUCGCGGAGGUUUUUGUGUCAAUCGCUGAAGGAGAAAGUCAAUUGUUAUACGUUGUUCGUAUCGCAGUACGGCUUCAGUGUUUCUCCAAAAACCAUGAUUCCGUUCACUGAAGAUUCGUUUUACACCAUCGGCCGGUGCGUGGUGCUCGCAUGUUCCGACUACUUCAAAUCGACCGGCGUGCUGACGCCGCAGGACGUGGCUGUCAAGUGCGUCAAGAAACGAGAUAGGAAACGGAAAACCGUGUUGUACCGGCAGCGCGAGACACACCCGUCAUUCAAGAGGAAAAUUAAAAAAAAAUCGCUAGCGUUGAAGCGGGUGGACAUCAAAGAUACGUUUCGCAGUGCUCUAGCGGGCUGCUCGGGGCGCCCGUCCGACGACCCGAACAGGGCAAACGCCAACAGGCGGAACAUGCGCUUUGUGGACCCUUCGAAAACCGUUGACAACCGGCGGUCAUCGAACGCUGUGGAUCGCGAGAACGUCACCGCCCCACACACGUUUUCAAUCAUAAACGUCAACGACAUCAUACGAGACACGGGCGCGUUGCUCAAGUUCUGACGUGGCGGCUCGCGAAUCGCGACAGUGUUUUAUGAGUACCUAUACAAUAUCAUACAAUGUCAUAUAUUCAUAUAGUGAUAUUAUAUGUUUAUAUAGAUACCUAUAGAUACCUAAAUCUGCAAUUUCAGAUCCUACGGGAGAAUGGUUGGAGAGGGAUUUAUAUCAAACGUCCUUACCGAAUUUCCACUGGCAUAGUGACUUGAGCGUUUUUCUUUUUAAGGACGCACUUAGAUUGCGAUUCGUGAUAUCUCUACAAUCUUGCAGGAUAUAUCUGAAUGGUGGGUGGGGAAGGGAGUAUAUUCCAUAGUCUUAUAUUUUUAUAAAGGUACAUUAUUAGUUUUGAUUGAGUUGUAUUAAAUUAAACUGUUUCUUUUUUCAAUAUUUUCACCAUUUUUCCGUACAGUUAUAUAGUUAUAUAUUAAUUAUAAUAACUAAUUAACUGUACACGAUAUUUAAAUAAAUAAAAAAUGUAUAAUCUAUAUAAACAAUUAAGAUUAAUUCAUGUAAUAAUAAAGACUUGGUUAUGAUUUAAAAAUGCAAAUUUAAUAUUUUACAAAUUUUUGCCAUACAUUCAAACAUUACGAUUAUUUUAUAUUUUAAUGUUGCUAUUAGUUUCAUAACUCACCUCGAUCUACAGUAAUGUUGGAUCCGCUUCUGACUUAAAUGUAAUAUUAUAAUAUCCAUUUUUUCUGUAUAAUAAUAAUUAUUGUAAUUUGUAAUGAUAUUUUUUCCUCAGCUAAAAAUUCUCACGGUUCCUUUUGAUUAUAAUUUAUUGUACAUGACACACACACACUUUGAAAAAUCAAUAUUUUCAAGAAAUGAACGUCCACUUCAUGAAAUGUAUCCAUAUCGUGAAAACUACGUUGGAGUUUCAAAUAUUUUUAUUUGUAUUAGUUAUUAUAUUUUUAACCACGUGUAUAAAGUAUUUGAUUUACUAGAUAAAUAAACGUAUAAUUUAUUAUUAUUAUUA